GCCCAAAAAAACCUUUUAAAAUGAUUUGUGUUUGUCAGGUGACUUCCUUCAGACCCUGCAGGACGACGACCUGAACGUGCGGCGCGUCUCCUUGGUGAUGUUUAACUCUGCCGCUCACAACAAGCCGUCUCUCAUCCGCGGUCUCCUAGCAACAGUGCUGCCUCAUCUGUACAGAGAGACCCAGAUCAGGAAGGACCUCAUCAGAGAGGUGGAGAUGGGUCCGUUCAAACACACGGUGGAUGACGGUCUGGACGUCCGUAAGGCUGCGUUCGAGUGCAUGUACACUCUGCUGGACAGCUGCAUGGAGGGGCUGGACGUCCUGCUGUUCCUGGACCACGUGGAGGAGGGACUCAAAGAUCACUACGACAUCAGGAUGUUGACGUUCCUGAUGUUGGCCCGCCUCGCCUCUCUGUGUCCUGCAGCCGUUCUGCAGAGACUGGACCGACUGAUCGAGCCUCUCAAAGCCACCUGCACCACCAAGGUGAAGGCGGGAUCGGUGAAGCAGGAGUUUGAGAAGCAGGAGGAGCUUCGGCGCUCUGCGAUGCGUGCCGUCGCCGCCCUGCUGGCCGUGCCUGAGGUGGAGCGCAGCCCCAGCAUGGCCGACUUCGCAAACCAGAUCAGAACCAACGCAGACAUGGCCUCCAUCUACCAGAGCGUUCAGGGGGGGGAGGGGGGAGGCAUCGGGCCCGCAGAGAGCAUGGACAUGAGCUAGAAUUGGGGGUGUUUUAUUUUAAAGGUCACCUAUUAUGCAAAAUCCACUUGUUGACGUCUCUUAUACAUAAAUAUGUGUCCCCUCUUUGGA